AUGGCAGGACAUUCGAAGACCGCUUCCCCACCGGUCCCUCCAUCAGCAGCCCCCCAACACUCCCUCCUCUCCCCUGCAGCCUCUGGAGGAGGGGUCGCCACCCUCAGAGCCACUCCCGGAGUUCAGCGAGCCAAUUUCACCUCUGACUCAGGAAGCUCUUCCCAGGGCCAGGGCGCGAAUGUCCCCUCCACCAACCCCCCGGGCUGGAAAUAUCCGGAUCAAUCUCCAGGUUCAAAACCCACAACGGAAACCCCCCAUUCCAAAUGGUUUCCUGAGGCCCCGGAUUUGAACGACGUGCUUGGGUCCUGGGCAAAUGCCUCUGCGGGGGACGGACAGUUGGUCUCGGACCCCGCCUCCUCUGGGGGCCCGGGUCCCCAAGUGUUUCCCGAUAUCUCGGUUUCUCCGGUUCCUGCCCAGGACACAGAACCCCUCUUCCCUGUUAAAACCCCAGCUUCGAACGUUUCUACUCAAGUCCCUGGUAGUGAGGUGUCCGUGGAGGAUCCAGGGUCACAGUUUUCCCCCGGGGAUCCAGACUUUAAAUUCUCCACCCACGGACCCGACCCCAAAGUCCCCGCGGAAGCCCUCCCAAGGCCCAGCUUCCCCCAGCAAGUGGGGGGGCCUCUCGCCGUGCUGGUGGGGACUACCAUCCAGCUCCCCCUGGUUCCAGUCCCCAGCCCUGGGCCCCCUGCCCCUCUGGUGGUCUGGCGCCGCGGCUCCAAGGUGCUGGCAGCGGGGGGCCUGGGGCCGGAGGCUCCUCUGAUCAGCCUGGACCCCGCUCACAGAGACCGCCUGCGAUUUGACCAGGCGGGAGGGGGUCUGGAGCUCGCCUCUGCCCGGCUGGAAGACGCUGGGGUCUACACGGCCGAGGUCAUCCGGGCCGGCGUCUCCCGGCAGAUUCAGGAGUUCACGGUGGGCGUAUACGAGCCCCUGCCCCAGCUGUCGGUGCAGCCCGAAGCUCCGGAGACAGAGGAGGGGGCUGUCGAGCUCCGGCUGCGCUGCUUGGGGUGGGCGCCGGGGCGCGGGGAGCUGAGCUGGAGUCGCGACGGACGCGCCCUGGAGGCGGGGGACCCGGAGGGAGCGGCCGCUCAGGGCGACCAGCUGCUCAUCGCGCGCCCCGUGCGCAGCGACCACGCCCGGUACACUUGUCGCGUCCGCAGCCCCUUCGGACACACGGAGGCCGCGGCUGACGUCAGCGUCUUCUACGGCCCGGAUCCUCCGGUCAUCAAGAUCUCCUCGGACCGCGACGCCGACCCCGCCCUCUAUGUCACCGCGGGCAGCAACGUGACUCUGAAGAGCGCAGGGAAGGCGGAGUUUCCUUGUAAAAGAGGAGGGGACACCCACGAGAAAGAGUGGAAGCGACCCAGCGCUGGGUCACCCGGAGAAGGGGCGGGGCUAAGUGAGGAAGGGGUUGGGUGAAUGCGUGGUGAGACCCGGCUAGAGGGGAGAUGGCAGUGAAGCUGACCUCUCGUUCUCUCUGUCCUCUCCACAGAUCUGCCCCCCGGGUCCCCACAGUGCUCCAUUGAAGGGGGCCCGGGGGACCGCAGCCUCCGCUUCCGUUGCUGGUGGCCUGGCGGGUCCCCUGCCGCCUCCCUGCUGUUCCAGGGUCUCCCCGAAGGCGUCCGCGCGGGGCCGAUGCACUCUGUGCUCCUGGCGGUUGUCCCCGCCCACCCUCGGCUCAGCGGCGUCCCCGUCACGUGCCUUGCUCGCCACCUGGUGACCACGCGCACUUGCACUGUUACCCCAGAGGCCCCUCGAGAGGUGCUACUGCAUCCGACGGUGGAGGAGACACAGUCAGGGGAGGCAGAGGUGGCGCUGGAGGCCUCUGGCUGUCGGCCACCUUCCAGAGCGUCCUGGGCCCGGGAAGGGCGGCCCCUGGCCACUGGAGGUGGGGGCCGGCUGCGGCUCAGCCAGGACGGGCAGACUCUACUCAUUGGCAACUUCAGCCUGGACUGGGACCUGGGAAAUUACUCCGUGUUGUGCAGUGGGGCGCUGGGUGCUGGGGGCGACCACAUCACUCUCUCUGGACCCUCUAUCUCCUCGUGGAGGUUGCAGAGAGCCCAGGAUGCAGCAGUGCUGACUUGGGAUGUGGAGCGCGGGGCCCUGAUCAGCGGUUUUGAGAUCCAGGCUCGGCCGGAGGGGCCUGAGCAGGGCAGAGCCAACACUUACAGGGACUGGGUCUCCCUGCUCGUCCUGGGGCCUCGGGAGCGAUCUGCUGUGGUGCCCCUCCCUCCUCGGAACCCCGGGACGUGGGCCUUGCGCGUCCUGCCCACUCUGGGGCGUCAGCCGGGGACGCCCUCAUCAAGCCGAGUGUACAGAGCCGGCCCCACCCUGGGCCCCGGGGCCAUCGCCGGCAUCGUCCUGGGCUCCCUCCUAGGCUUGGCACUCCUGGCAGGACUUAUCCUUCUGUGCAUCUGCUGCCUGCGCCAUUUUCGGGGAGAGACUCUCAAGAAAAAGAAGCAUCUCCCCGCCUUUUUCCCUGUGGUCCCCCCACCAGAAAAGAAGUCGCAGAGUGUGGCCCCAGAGCAGGCCCCACCGCCUCUGCCCCUCAAAGUCCCGCCGGAGGACCCCAGCCCAACCAGAGCCCACCAAGCCACCAGCCCCAGUCCAGUCGUCUCUCCAGGUGGGGGCCCGAAAACUGUUCGAUCAGCCACACAGGUGUGACCGAGGCUAAUGGCCUGCUCCGCACGGGAAUUUCUGGGUGGGACUUCCUGUUUCGCCCCAGCAGCAUGCAGGGCCUUCCCGUCCUGCUGUGACUGAAGGUUGGACCCCAAAAGUGGGACUUUCUGUCUUACUCUCUCACCUUGGAAGACUCCACCUGUGUUUGCAUAAGGAAAUGAGACUCCUGGGCUGGGGGCAGACGCCCGCCUGUGGGUCGUGGAUCGUGGAUCUCACAGUGUGGUUUGCAAACCACCCAGCAGGCGAGAUAUGCAGGCCGUGCAGCAGACAGGUGGGGCUUGGGCCCCGAGCAUCUCCGAAAAGGCCUCCGACAUCCGCUUUUGCCUCCUCCAGGCCGCACCCGACCAGUUUCCAGCGUCUUCAUCAUAAAACGGAUCAGAUCACAUGUCCCUCUUCUCUUUAAACUCUUCCGUGGCUUCCCAUUGUCAUUCAGAUACCGUCCAGACUCAUCAUGACCUUCGAGCCUAGUGCUCCGGCCUCCAUCAGCCUCUCUGACUCCCCUUCCAGUACGCGCCCCCACCCCGCUCUAGAAGCAAAGGCUUUCUCUCUGCCAUACUUUAUUCUCCCUUCAGGCCUUUGCCUCUAGAGUGUCCCUCGCCUGGAGCACGGCUCUUUCCCCUGUGUCGUUUAUUUCCCGAGUGUAAAAGUGACCCUCACCAUCUUAGAAGACCCUCCUUCAACCCCUGCCUUGGUCAUGGGUUAAGUCCUAGCGACCCUGAACCUUCUGCUUCACAUCUGUAAAUAAAUCAUUACUUGUUUA